AUGUGGAACAGCUUGUCUAGCUUUGCGCAGAAGGCCCAAGUCUUUGUCGACCAGAACCUGCAACCAGCGCUGAACAACCUUGCGCCCUCGGACAACCGCUCUUCCAAGGCUGCUCUGUUCCGUCACCAAUUCCGUUUGCCAGACUCGCAAAACCCCCUGUACGAGAUCACUGCCGAGUUGACCCUACCUCCCAAGACAUCUUCCUCGUCCAAGUCGCCAACCGAUACACCCCGCAAGAGCCACGAGCGCAACAAUUGGGAUCGCGAGCGGGGAAAUCACUACGUCGGUCGCUUGCACCUGUCUGAGAAGUUCCUGUGCUUCUCUACCCAGAACUCGAGCUUCUCUCCUACAUCAAGCACUUCACUAUCUACAGCUUUCCAAGGCCAGACCAACGGUGCAGGUCCGUCCGGCAAUGGCUUCACCCUCCCUCUUUGUGCUGUGCGUCGUGUCGAGCGUCUCCACAGUCAGAGCUACAUGUUCGCCCUAUCCAUCACCACCUGGAAUGGCUACCCUGCCCCGGACGAGAAAAACACAAAACCUUCUGCAAAGACAGCUCCUCCGGCACCCAAGCUCACAAUCCAGCUGGCUGGUAGUAGAGUCCAGUGCGAGAAGUUUUGCGACAUGCUGAAGAAAGGGCUGCGUGAGGGUAUGCGCGAGGUCGAUGGUAUGCGCAAGGUGGUGGGAGAGUGCUACUCGGAAUACAUGCUGGCUGCCGAAGCCAAGCGUCGCUCCGACAAAGACUCUCCUUCGGAAAAGUUGAUCGACGAUCAGAGUUCGGAAGAACAGUUGAAACCUCCAGAUGCUGGGUUGGGCAUGCAGUUUCGCUACCCUGGUGAUCCGAAGAAGCUUAGAGACAAGGGCAAGAUGAGGUUGUGGUACGAGUAUCUACGAGAAAACGGUCGCAAUGCUACACUGGUCAGACAGCCGGAUCUGCCUCGACUAGUCAGAAUUGGUCUUCCAAACCGUCUUCGUGGAGAAGUGUGGGAGCUCACAUCUGGAUCUUUCUACUUUCGAAUGCAGCAGCCAAAGCUCUACCAGGACACGCUCGACAAAUACGAGGGUCAACAUUCGCUUGCUAUUGACGAGAUCGAAAAGGACCUGAACCGUAGUCUGCCAGAGUAUCCUGGCUUCCAAAGCGAAGAGGGUAUCGGACGUCUGCGUCGCGUUCUUACUGCCUACAGUUGGGUCAAUCCGGAGGUCGGCUACUGUCAAGCCAUGAACAUUGUAGUGGCCGCCCUCCUCAUCUACCUCUCUGAGACCCAGGCUUUCUAUAUUCUAUUUGUUCUCUGCGAUCGGCUUCUUCCAGGAUACUACUCGCAAACCAUGUACGGCACUCUCUUGGAUCAGCGUGUCUUCGAAUCGCUUGUGGAGAGGACGCUACCCAUUCUUUCAGAGCACCUCACCAAGUCAGACGUUCAACUAUCGGUAGUUUCGUUACCUUGGUUCCUUUCGCUCUAUAUCAACUCAAUGCCCUUGAUGUUUGCGUUCCGAGUCCUUGAUGUUUUCUUCCUCGAAGGGCCCAAGGUUUUGUUCCAGAUUGGUCUGGCUAUUCUCAGAGUCAAUGGCGAGGAGUUGUUAGAUGCUGCGGACGAUGGCACCUUUAUCUCCGUUCUCAAGUCAUACUUUGCUCGUCUCGGCGAGUCCGCCCACCCCAAGUCCGAGAACCCAAAGCUGAGAGCUGUUACAAACUUCCAGGCGCUUAUGGUUGUUGCUUUCAAGGAGUUUUCUGGCAUCACGCAACAAAGCAUAUCUGAUCUGAGAGCCAAGCACAAGGAUGCUGUUCUCGAUAACAUCGAGUCCUUCGCAAAGCGCACAUCUAUCAGGAACCUCGGCCCGGAAAGCAAGAAGCUGAGCACUAUUGACCUAGGUUUCUUGUACGAUCGCUUCUACGGCGUGCUAUACGAACGCCAACAGAGAAUGGAGAUGAUUCAACAAGAACAAGAACGCAGAGCCAAAGCUGCCAAAACUAAGGCUGAUGGGAUCGUUAGCGGCAUUCCCAGCAACGUUGAGAUGGGCAGAGUCGGUCUUGGCCCCAGUCCUACAGAGAUGGACUAUGACAGUUUCAGAGAGUUCCUGGCCGGUCUCGCCAAGUGGGCCAUAACAGACUCACCCAGCUCACCAGCCAAGCAGGACUCGGAGAAGAAUGCUGGAUACUUUGCCAACACGUUCCGUGCUCGCUCUAUCUCACUAUCACCUUGGGGUUCUGGUCCGGAGCCUGCCGAGCACGAGUUCUUGCAGCGCAUCUUCAAGUCCUGGGACACUGAUAAUUCUGAGGCUCUGAACUUGCAAAAGGUUGUCGCUGGCUUUGCUCGCAUCAAGGGUCCUCGCGAUAUCAUGUCCAACAUCAGCUAUUUUUUCGAUCUGUACGAUGACGACAAAGAUGGCAAGGUUGACAGAGAAGGUAUUUUGCGUAUCUCUGAAGCUCUGCUCUUCCUGUCGAGACGUGGUAUUACCGGGUCUGUCACCCCGUCUGCAUCAUCUACCAAUCUUGCUGCUCAAGCCGAGAUCGGACCUGAUGGUAUGCCGUUGAGAGGAGUAAACAAGGACGAGCAGUUCUUGAGCAGUAUCUCGGCGUUCAUAAGAAGAUGCUUUGAGUAUGCUGAUCCGGACCAAUCUUCGUCAGAGGACGCAGCUUCAGCGGCAGCAGACAAUCUCAACUCGUUCAGUAUCGGUGACGAUGAAGACGAUGAAGAUGCCGAGGAAGAUCUGCUCAACCUCAACGACGAGAAGCCGAAACCCGAGACUACCCAAUCCGAAGAAUCGAAAUCAGUCCCAUCCAUCACCAAGACCCCCGUCACACCCAUCACAAACGCUCCCUUCAACUUCGGCCAGACAACACCGAACCGUGACGUAUCUGCCAACAAAGCCCUCGAUCCCAACCACCCCCUAUUCAUCACUCUCCCAACUUUCCGCAUGCUCAUCCUCGCCGACGAAGUCCUAGAGACAUUCUUUGACUCAGGCUUUCCCAACUCCUUCCACCUCGCCGAUGCACCUCUUCCCGCCGGUACCGUCUCCACAGCCAACCUCACUACCUUCAGCAACUUCCCCGCCAAAGUCAACCUGCCCGUCUUGAGCCCCGGCGGCCCCGGUGCAGGUGUCAUGGCACCAGGAAAAGGCCUUCGCGGUAUGCUGGACAAUAUCGUCACAGACGGUAUGCGUGUAGCCGCCGAAGUGCGCCGCAGAAUGGACGAAGCUCAGAAGGAAAUCGAUCGCGGGGCUACUACACGUGGCACGGAGACUGAUGACGAAGAGGAAGAUGAGGGCGGUAGGGAUUUGCUGGAGGGUGCUGAGGUUGAUGCUGCGGCACCCCAGACUCCGGCGAGAACGGAGAGUAUGGAGGCCGCAGAGGAAAGACUGGAAAAAGAGAUGGAGGCUGCGAAGGUGGAUAAAGGAAAAGGAAAGGAGAAGGUUGUUGAUGAUGUGCAGAAGAGCAUGGUGUUUGAGCGGUAA